UUUCUUUGUUGUGUCCAUAGAGUAAUACUCUAUGGUUGUGUCUAAGUGUUCAUAUUUGAAUUUCAUCAAAAUACAGGUAUAUCAAUCUUAACUCUUGAAGAAUCUGGUUAAAAAUUAACCUCUUAAAUUAAUAUUAGAAUUCAAUAUGUAUUGUUUAAAGUUCAAACACAGAUUAUCUUAAACUUCAUGUAAUUUGUGAUUCAAGUAGAUACUUUUAUUCUCUAUUUUUUAUAAUGCAAUGAGUUAUGAAGCUACAAUCUUACUGCGGAAUUAUAUUUUUUUGUUAUUUUAUAGUAAUUGGUCUAGCAUCUCAAAAUGAUGAUGAUCAUACAGACUCAUCAAUUUACAAAAAGAAGAAAAAACCUAAUCCAUCAAUACCUCUUGAAGAAGACCAUAUCAACAUGGAACUUGAAUGUACACAUUUACAGCACAAACCUUGUUCAAGCCUUCCAUAUCCAUGCAUCAGUUGUCAAAAAAUGAAUGACUCUUGCAUUUAUGGAAAUCAAACAAUAGCUACCUGUAAUGCGAAUGUACAUUGUCAGGGAGAAACAUCAUUUGGUAAAAACUUGACUUGUCGAUACUGUUAUCAAACAGAGUUCUGGGAGUACAAAUGUAUGAAAAAAACAUGCAUUUCAGAUGCCUCACCACCUUCGUAUUACAAGACUAAUUGCACAGUAAACAGAGAUGUUUUAUGCUUGGGAAGAAGGCAAUUUUUGAAAAAAUUGCGUUGUAAUUGGACAGGAGGUCAUCGGUGGUCAACUGCUUUAAUUUUAAGUGUUACUCUUGGAGGAUUUGGUGUAGAUAGAUUUUAUUUGGGACACUGGCAAGAAGGCAUAGGCAAAUUAUUCAGUUUUGGAGGUCUAGGAGUUUGGACACUAAUUGAUGUAUUAUUGAUAUCUAUAAGAUACCUGGGUCCAGCAGAUGGUUCUCUAUACUUAUAAUUUUCUAAGAAUGUUUUAAAAUAUUUUGUAUAGUUUUAUACUUUAUUAUAAACCAAAAUAUUGGAUGUCAUUCUAAAUGUUUAAUUCUGUAAUUAUAAAAAAAAUUAAAAUACAAAGAAUACCGACAGUGUAUAAAAAUUAGUAAUU